UAGAUAUCUGGGGGUGUCAGGCAAGAACCAGGCGAGUGUUCUCCCAGGAAGGAGAGUCUCUUUUAGGAACCAGAUGGUCUCGGCCACUUCACUUCCACACCUCCCCACCGUACUCCUCCCCACCCCCACCCCACACACACAUAUUGAAUUUCACACUUUUAAAAAUAGCUCCUGAGCAGUGGGGAGCUGCCUCUGAGCCUGGAUCCCAGCCCUGAAACGCAGGCUUCCCUUGACUAAGAGCUGCCCUAUAUAAACCUGAUUCUAGCUCCUGCUUACCUUUCCUUCAUGCAGCAAAAAGAAAACCUCUCUCUCUCCACCAGAGCAGCUCCAGAUUGAAAUAUUCACAGAGACAGAUGUGGGACUCCCAUAGCUGAGCCCAGACUUCCUUCAGCUCCUUAAUAAUUCAUCCUGCUUAUCUCCAGGAGGAAUCUGAUGGCAUUGCUUUCACUUUCUACAAACGCCCCUUAAAGUCCCCCAAGGAUGCCCUGACAAAGCCUCAGCUCCACGCGGCCUGUCCUGAGCCCCAGAGAGGUGGCUGGGAUGAAUGUGCAAGCCUCAGAAGGCCAUCCUGGCCUGGGAACUAAUGCAUUUGUCCCACAGAACCCAGCAGGGGAAGAAGAAAGCAGCAGGUCAGGAAGAAAUUUCAGUGUAUUUGAGGAGACACAGGACCUGGAAGCUCCUGAUCGCCCACCUUCACUUCCCAUGGUCCCUCGGGGCUCUCAGGAGGGGCUGUCUCCAUGCCACCUGUUGACAGUGAGGGUCAUCCGGAUGAAAAACGUCCGGCAGGCUGAUGUCGUGAGCCAGACAGACUGCUUUGUGAGCCUUUGGCUGCCCACCGCCUCUCAGAAGAAGCUGAGGACUAGGACCAUCUCCAACUGCCCAAAUCCAGAGUGGAAUGAAAACUUCAACUUCCAGAUCCAGAGCCAAGUGAAGAACGUGCUAGAGCUAAGUGUCUGUGAUGAAGACACAGUGACACCAGACGACCAUCUCUUGACAGUUCUCUAUGACCUCACCAAGCUCUGCUUCCGAAAGAAAACCCAUGUCAAGUUUCCACUCAACCCAGAGGGCAUGGAAGAGCUGGAGGUGGAGUUCCUGCUGGAGGAGAGUCCCUCUCCACCCGAGACCCUCGUCACCAACGGCGUGCUGGUGUCUCGACAAGUCUCCUGCCUGGAGGUUCAUGCAGAAGCCAGGAGGCAGCGGAAGAGUAAGAAAAUGAAGGACCUCUUGGUGAUGGUGAGCGAAUCCUUUGAGAACACCCAGCGCAUCCCGCCCUGCCUGGAGCCCUGCUGCCCAAACCCUGCCUGUUUCCACUACCCCAAGUACUUCCAGUCCCAGGUGCACGUGGAGGUGCCCAGGAGUCACUGGAGCUGCAGGCUUUGCUGCUGCAGCACACACAGGAACGGCCCCGUGUGCCAGCCCCUCGACUGCCUUUCCGACGACCAGGCCGUGACCCUGCCUGUGGGUGAGGAUUAUGAAUUACAUAUGAAGUCUACACCCUGCCCCGAGACACUGGACGUGCGGCUGGGGUUCAGCCUGUGCCCGGCAGAGCUGGAGUUCCUGCAGAAGCGGAAGGUGGUGGUGGCUGAGGCGCUGAAGCAGGUGCUGCAGCUGGAGGAGGACCUGCAGGAGGACGAGGUGCCACUCAUAGCCAUCAUGGCCACUGGGGGUGGAACAAGAUCCAUGACCUCCAUGUAUGGCCACCUGCUGGCUCUGCAGAAGCUGAACAUCCUGAACUGUGCCAGCUACAUCACUGGCCUGUCGGGGGCCACCUGGACCAUGGCUACCUUGUACAGUGACCCCGACUGGUCCUCCAAAAACCUGGAGCCUGCUGUCUUCGAGGCCCGGAGACACGUGGUCAAGGACAAGCUGCCCUACCUGUUCCCAGACAAUCUCUGCAAAUUCCGGGAGGAACUUCGUCAGCACAGCCAGGAAGGCUACAAGGUCACCUUUACAGACUUCUGGGGCUUGCUGAUCGAGGCCUGUCUGGGGGACGAGAGAAAUGAAUGCAAACUGUCUGAGCAGCGUGCUGCUCUGUGCCGGGGCCAGAACCCCCUGCCCAUCUACCUCACCAUCAACGUCAAGGACGACGUGAGCAACCAGGAUUUCAGAGAGUGGUGCGAGUUCUCCCCCUACGAGGUGGGCCUGCAGAAGUAUGGGGCUUUCAUCCCCACUGAGCUCUUUGGCUCCGAGUUCUUCAUGGGACGGCUGAUGAAGAGGAUUCCUGAGCCUCGAAUGUGCUACAUGCUAGGUUUGUGGAGCAGCAUCUUCUCCCUGAACCUGCUUGAUGCCUGGAAUCUGUCCCACACCUCGGAGGAGUUUUUCCACAGGUGGACAAGGGAGAGAGUACAUGACAUUGAAGAUGAGCCAAUCCUGCCUGAAAUCCCCAAAUGUGAUGCCAACAUCCUGGACACCUCGGUGGUGAUCCCAGCGUCAUGGCUCUCCAAUACUUUCCGAGAAACCCUCACCCAUCGGCCAUUUGUGUCUGAGUUCCACAACUUCCUGUCCGGGCUGCAGCUGCACACUGACUACCUCCAGAACAGCGAGUUCUCCAUGUGGAAAGACACAGUACUUGAUGGUUUCCCAAACCAGCUGACGGAGUUCGCGAACCACCUGUGCCUGCUGGACACUGCGUUCUUCGUCAACUCCAGUUACCCACCUCUCCUCAGGCCCGAGAGGAAAGUCGACCUCAUCAUCCACCUCAAUUACUGUGCCGGGUCCCAGACAAAGCCCCUGAAGCAAACCUGCGAGUACUGCACCGUGCAGAACAUCCACUUCCCCAAAUACGAGCUGCAAGACGAUGACAAAAGUCUCAAGGAAUGCUACCUGAUGGAGAACCCCCAGGAACCUGAUGCCCCCAUCAUCAUUUUCUUCCCACUCAUCAAUGACACCUUCCAGAAGUACAAGGCGCCAGGUGUGGAGCGAAGCCCCGAGGAGCUGGAGCAGGGCCAGGUUGACAUUUAUGGCCCCAAAACCCCCUAUGCCACCAAGGAGCUGACUUACACGGAGGCCAACUUUGACAAGCUGGUGAAGCUCUCUGAGUACAACAUCCUGAACAACAAGGACCAGCUCCUUCAGGCCCUGCGUCUGGCAGUGGAGAAAAAGAAACGCCUGAAGAGCCAGUGUCCCGCCUAGGCCCUGGGGGGCCGCACGGAUCCUGUGUCAGCUUCUCUUGUCGGAAGCACAGAGCCCACCGGGGCUGACCGGGCCACACAGCCGGCCAUGCUCUCUGGCCAGCACUGCAGGCAGGUUGGCCUGGGCGUCCUACCAAAAACCAAAAAUUUUAAAAAGCCAAGAAAGACAGAGAGAGAGAGAGACAAGAAUAAGCUGCACUGGGGUCUUCUACCUGCUGGAAUUGCUUUAAGAGCUUCUCUGCAGAGAAGACGGACUGAUAACCGCAGCUCCCACUCAUGCAUAAAGCGGGGACGGUAAAAGCCUGCGGAAGAGGCUGGUCCCCAGAAACCUCGACUCAGAGCUGGAGCUGGAGGGCCGCAGCCCUCCCCUCUCUACCCUGCCUCUGCCUCCUCGCAUGGCAGGCCCAGGGGAAGGCGCAGGAGGACCUGAGAAACACUCCGGGUUUCUCUGGGAAAACUAUUUUAAAUUUUAAGGCAAUUAUAUUCUCGUGAUUUUUAUAGGCAAUUAUACUUUCUGAUUUUUAUUUUUAUGAAUCGGGUAUUAAUAGGAAGCAUCGGGCGGGAAGAUCUAGAUGGAGCCCUGGAGGCAUCCUGGUCUCUGCGACAACAAAGCCAAACAGGUGACUGAGGUCGGGCGUCUCAGGCUGGCGAUCCAUGUGAUCUCGACCAGGCAUUUGGCUCCAGGGAAAUGCCAGGCAAAGCCCACGUCUGCAGCUCAGGCUCACUGAACCAGCAUCUGGCAUGCAGUUCAGACAGGUCUGGGGCUCCCUGUCAUUGCAGGUGAAUGAAGCGAGGUGCCAGGGGGCCGGUGCCGUUCAUGUGCCCAUGCCAAGAGCCGAUGCUCACUGACGGACCUGCUCUGAGAGCACCUCCUGGCUCUCUUACCACCCUACCGCUCGGGCUUCCACAUGGGAUUAUUUAUUUCUAAAUGUGAUUCCUCUUAUUUGUCAUGUGAAUACCGUGGCCAGUACACCCCAAUUCUUGGAGAGUCACCAAGAGAGAAUGAAAUCAGGAAGAAUUUUACUCAGAAAGGACAAGGUUAGCCCUCUGAGGAAGAAGCCUGUCCUUGGAGAUGGUUUCUCCGAAGAAAUGUGCAGCCGGAGCCACGCACAGGCCCAGAGAGCGCGAAACCAAAAGGCAGGAAGACGUUUGGUCCAUGUGAAGCCCAGCAAACCUGGAGGGCAUGGUCCUUUUUCUGGGUCAUGAUGCUCUUGAGCAGUCCUUUGGCUGUGAGAAGAUGGUGACAGGCACCAAAAGUUUAGAAAAAUUGGCCCCUGAUUUAUAUCCAUGCUACUUUACUCUAAGUGUGGUAGGGAACUGGUUAGAAAUGCAGAGUCUCAGGCCCCAGCCCAGCCUUGCUGAACCAGAAUCUGCAUUUUUAAGGAGAUUGCCACCUCUACUCUCCAGGGAAUUCCUAUGCAUAUUGAAGUGUGAGAGGCAUAGAUUUAUGCCACUCUGUCCCUUAAGCUUGGAAAGCGUGAAUCCAUGUUCCCUGGAGCCACUGAUAAACUGGGCUUCGAGACCUGCCAAAUUGGUGGCUGCCUCUACUUUGACUUUUCUUUCUGACUACAACAAACAGGCUCCCCUUCAAUUAUCAAAGAGUGAGCCAAGCGCUAGGACUUGUUUGCUGUAAGGUGAAGACAGCCAUGCCUAGGAUUCAUCAAAGUAUGUAAAAUGAGUUUUAUAAAGUCAUUUUAUUAUUUGAGCAUGGAAUAAAAUGGCCAUGUGGGUAAAGGCUGUUGACUCAUCUGCUUUCAUUAUCUGAUGCUGCAAAAUGUGCAGAACUCCUAGCCUCAUUCCUCCCUCCAAGCUUCCUGCUCAGCACGCAGAAGGUGUGAGUAGACCAUCCCAUCCCUCUUCUCCUCAGAUAGCUGCAUUCCUACUGCAGGGGCCCAUGGUGGUGAGGUGCCCCUCUGUUUUUACAAAGCCACGUUAGCAACUAGUGGAGCACCAACUUAUGCCAAUCCAUGCUUGUUCCAGCUCAGACAUAUUUCAGGAAACACUGGUUGAAAGGAAGCAAAGAUAAUUAACAUCAAUGGAGCACCUACUUUGUGCACAGCAAGCUCUAAACAGUCUAUGCUUUUUGGGAACUUGGAUAUUCAUUGGGAGGUGGGGACACAAAAAGAUUUUUAUUUAUACAUGAGAAGUUAAAUGCUGAGUUAGCUACUGAAACAACAAAAGUGUUAUCAAUUCUGACAGGGACAUGCACACCGUGUCCUGCAGAGGUCAGGGAAGGCUCCUUCUCAGCUUCCCUGCUCUCUGCCUAUAAGCAUGGGUGAGUUGACAAAAUAAACAAAUCCCACCCUC